AUGUCUCCUCGCGCAGUGCACUUCAUCCGUCAUGCCGAAGGCUACCACAAUUCGGAACACAAUGAGAACAUCCCCGACCCAGACCUCACUCCAAAGGGCAAAGAACAAUGCAAAAAGCUUUCACAAACAUUCCCUUACUUUGAUCGCAUCGACUUAGUUUGCGCGAGUCCUAUUCGCCGCGCUAUCCAGACCGCACUUAUCAGCAUGGACCCUUGGUUGCAGUCUGGAAAACGCAAUAUUCUAGCUCUACCCUUAGCCCAAGAAGCCACGGACCUGCCUGCGAACACACCAAGCGACGUGCAGCGCCUUCAGAAAGAAUUCGGCGAUGUGUGCAAUUUUCACAGGUGUUUAGACGUCUACACCGAUUUUAACACGAAGAAGGGGAAGUGGGCGUCAGACGGUGAUUCGUUAAAAGCACGCGCGCUUGAACUUCGCCGCUUCCUACGCGACUGCGACGAGCAGGAAAUUGUCGUUGUAUCGCACGGUGAUUUCCUACAUUAUGUUUCCGGGGAUCUGGAUGAGAAUGAUUGUCAGACUCAUGGAGAUUGGCAGAACACGGAGACGAGGAGUUACCGAUUCUACCCGGUCGGUCACGAGGAUGCUUUAUUGCAGGAGACGGAGGAGAGCGUGAAGUUGAGGCACGCAAGUGGACCUGGGCAAGCGAUGGGAUCUGGCGAGAGUAAGACACCGUGA